GUAUAUUUGACACGACGCACGGAGCCAAUCGGCCCAGAUAUUGGUGAGACAUUUCAUCCGAUCGGACGACUCAGGAUGAUUCUGCUGCUUAUAAUUAUCUCGGCACUCGUCAGUGUUUGGCUCUACUAUCAAGCUCACAAGCAAAGAUACAAAUUCGCGGAAAGUAUUCCUACGGCCAAACCAUGCUAUCCGUUAAUUGGCAAUGGGCUGAUGUUUUUAGGCACAAGCGACGAAGAUCGAUUCGAUAAUUUGUUCAGUUCCAUUCGGCAAGAAACUCGUCUGAUGAAGCUUUGGAUCGGCCCGCAGAUGGUGAUAGGAACGUGUCAUCCGGAUCUGAUACAGAAAAUUCUAAAUGAUCCAAAUUGCAUUGAAAAGCCCUCCUUUUUCUACAAAUUUUUGCAUCUCACUGAAGGACUGCUCGUAGCGAAACAUGGGCUGUGGAGAUCUCAGCGAAGGGCACUGAACCCAACGUUUAACCUACGCAUCCUCCAUAGCUUCAUAUCGAUAUUCGAGGACUGUUGUCAGAACAUGAUUCAUCGGUUAGGUGAAAAAUCCGGAAUGACAGUCAACAUAUUCGACUAUAUUUCUGAGUGCACUCUGAGAAUGGUCUGCGGAUCUACGUUUGGAAUGGAUGAUUGGCGUGACGAGGGCGAACAUAAUUUUUUGUUUCACCUGGAGCGUGCUUUUGAACUUAUAGGGCGGAGACUUCUCUGUAUACAUUUACAAAUUCAACCGUUGUAUUUUUUCACACCCAUGUUCUGGCAAGAACAUUAUUCCCUACGUGUUAUGCGCAACUACUGUUCAAAGCUCAUUCAGGGAAGACGACAAAAACUUGAUACAUUUGAUCUCGCCAAAACUGACGAUGCGGACGGCUAUCGCAAGCCGCAAAUAUUUAUGGAUCAAAUUCUGUCAGCGAAAAAAGACGGUAAAUUGUUCGAACAUGAGGAAAUUUAUCACAAUUCGAUGACCAUGAUUGCAGCAGGAAACGACACAUCCGCUUUGACGAUUGCCCACGGGUGUCUUUGGCUUGCGAUGCACCCGGAAAUACAGGAUCGAGUGUACGCUGAAAUUAAAACCCACUUCCCUACGCAAGAGACAGGAAUUUCGCCAGACAAACUCAAACAGUUGGUGUACACUGAGAUGUUUCUGAAAGAAACACUUCGGUUGACUUCUCCCGCACCAAACAUUGCUCGGGAAACCCUUGCAGAAGUCGAACUAGACGGAAUCAAAAUUCCGAAAGGAACAACGAUUCUCAUGAGCUUACAUGCGCUGCAUCGUAGGCCUGAUCUUUGGGGAACAGACGCCGAGAAAUUUAACCCGAAUAACUUUAGCGAAGAAAGAUGUCAACAGCGACACCCAGCGGCGUUCCUGCCAUUCAGUGGAGGGCCCCGAAAUUGUAUAGGAGCCCGUUACGCAAUGAUAAGUAUGAAAAUCAUGUUGAUUUACUUGCUGCAGAACUUCAAACUAACCACGGACAUUCGAUCGGAACAACUACGAUAUAAAUUUAGUCCGACACUGAAAUUAGCGUUCGAUCAUCUUGUUCGAUUGGAAAAGCGCUACAUCUGCCAGGUCUCCUCGGCAGAGGUGGCCGGCAUUUUCGAGGCAACCACCAUCCCAUCUCCCAAGCCGCUGCUGGUCGUCUCCGAUUCUGCAAGUGCUAUUGAUGCCAUCGGACACAGUGGCAUUGCAGGGAACGAAGCGGCCGACCGAUUUGCCGGAAUCGGUCACAUCGGACCGUUUUUCACUCGGGAGGUGCCGCUUGAUGACAUGAAGUUGUGGAUCACCAACUCUUUCCGCAACUUCUGGUCCGAACAGUGGUUCGCAGAGAGAGGGCAGUUCCUCAGAAAGGUUAAGGGCUCGAUUGCAGGAUUCGAGGACGUUAAAAUGAUGCGAGAACAACGAAUCCUAUCUAGAUUGCGAACCGGCCACUGCUCGGUCUCGCACGGAUUCAGCGGAGGACCUUUCCGUCUACUCAGCGACCACUGCCAAAUCCACAACUCCGUCGAACAUUUCCUGUGUGGCUGUUCCAAAUUUGAUGAUCUGCGAAAUCGCUAUGGAAUCAGCGGGAGUUUGUUGCAGGAACAUCUGCCGUUCUGGGCCAAGGAUAUGUGGCCACCAUCCAGCCCCGAUCUUGAUCUACCGAAUUACUCCGUAUGGCGCGUCAUAACCCCACCCGAGUACAGAAAGCCUCAGACAAACAUUAACCCGUACCAGGAGAUAAAUGGACCCAGGCCACAUUAUUGGGACCUGCUGUUCGUUCUGGAAACCUGUAUCGUGGACGCAAUAAGUGCUGCAAUGAUAAUUGUGCUGACAUUUGUACUCUUGAUCCUGUUAUGGAUUAUCAAAACGUACACAAAGGAUCAAUCAUUUUUUGCUGCUAUUCCUGGUCCAAAACGAUACCCUUUGAUCGGAAAUUGGUGUACAUUUAUUGGAAAAUCACCAUCCGAACAAUUCGAAUUGAUGUGUAAACAUUUUACUUACUUCCCGACUUACUUCAAAUACGAAAUUGGACUGAAGAAAAUACUGUGCGUUUCUGAUCCGGUUAUGAUUCAGCAGGUUCUCAACAGCCAAGAUUGUCAGAACAAACCGUACAUUUAUAAAUUUUUGGACGUCGAUUAUGGACUUAUUUCCGCUCCCUAUUCCGACUGGAAGUUAUAUCGAAAAAUGCUCAAUCCUGCCUUUAAUUUGAACAUUCUUAUGAGUUUUAUACCUAUUUUCGAAGAAUGUUCGAAAACCUUGGUGGACAGUUUGUUGUCGCAUAACGCAGGCCCUGAGUUUGAUGUGUUUCACCAUGCAUCCAGAUGUACACUGGAAAUGAUUUGCAGAAGCUCGUUAGGAAGUGACGUCGCAGCGGAUCCACAAACGAUGAAGUUUUGUUCCUAUUUGGAAGAACUAUUCACACUAUUAGGAGAAAGGUGGCUCAAUCCAUUGAUUCAUAGUGACUGGAUGUACCGACUGACCGCGGCCUACUGGAGAGAAAGAAAAUCAAGGAGCAAUAUGGAGGAUAUAAUCGAACCGGUAAUACAACAAAAGAUGAAGAUUUCAAAGCAACGCAAAAACACGAACAAUCCGGAGGACGAGGAUACAGUUGUCCGAAAGCCGAUGAUAUUUAUAGAUCAACUGCUGAAUAUGGAACGAAAUGGUCAACAGAUAUCUCUCACUGAAAUUCAAAAUCAUAUCUACACGCUAAUAGUUGCGGGUAAUGAAACGUCAGCGCUACAAACUUCCUACGUCCUGCUAAUGCUUGCUAUAUUCCCCAGCAUCCAACAAAAAGUGCUGAAGGAAAUCGAAGAUGUAUAUGCGGGACAACCGACGCUAACUUAUGAAAGUUUACGCAAUCAACAGUAUCUUGAUUUGGUGAUCAAGGAAACUAUGCGAUUGUUUCCUGUUGCUCCUAUCGUCGGGCGCGAAACGAUCCAACCGGGUCGGAUCGGGAACCUUUCAAUACCAGCCGGUGUCACCAUUUUUAUGAACUUCUACACUCUUCACCGACGCCAUGACAUCUGGGGUCCGGAUGCCGAUCGUUUCGACCCGGAAAGGUUCCGUGAGGGGAACUUCAGCGCGAAGCAAUCGGCUUGCUAUUUUCCCUUCGGUGGUGGACCAAGAAAUUGUAUCGGAAACCGGUACGGGAUGCUAUCGAUGAAAGCAAUGGUGACCCACGUUAUUUGGAGGUACAAACUAACGUCCCAAUUGAAGCUGGAGAAGCUUUGUUUGUCGAUCGUUAUUACGUUGAAGAUUAUGGGGGGUCAUAUGAUUAGUCUAGUGGAAAGAAGUGAGCACAAUCAAUAGCAAAAAUUGUUGGAA